UGUUUUGUGUUUUGCAUCAACCUGUACAUCCUAGUUUGCGUCACGCACAGGCAUUAAAAUUAAUUCUAGUUACUUCGUCGGUUGCGUAGUUCUCUAACAUUAUCUAACAAUUAUGUCCGAAAAAAAAACGGAAAUGUACCUACCUGUAAAUACAUUGAACUUCACGCCUUUAUUCCUGAAGGGGUGAAUCGAGGCCAACUACUCAUUUUUGAUACUAUUAAAUACCCCAAAGAUAUAUAAGGUUUAAAUUCCCAUAACUAAAGCGGUCUAUUAUUGACUCAAAUCAAUGAACAAAUACAACUCAAAUUAUAAAUAAAAGAAUUGUUUGUACAGACGCAACCUUACGCAAAUACGCUACGAGCUAACACAAUAUUACUGAUGUUUUUAUCGGACAUGUUUUGGUAGAACACAAUUAAAACAUGAUUUAAAGCAAGCGUUUUUAGGGUUCUGUACCUCAAAAGAAACCCUUACAGGACCACCGACGUAAGUUACCUCAAUCAAAAUAUAUAAAAGUUAUUGUCUAUAUUUCUAUCAAAAUACUAGUAAAUACAAAUUAGUUAAUAGACAUGAAAGUACAUUUAUCAAAAUUAUAAGAUGAGAAAUUGGUUUUCCAACAGCAAUCGAUCUGUAAUGUAUACCACGGGUCGCGACGGACCUAGCAACAAGUCCUAAACCCAGACCGACUCUCUAACGGCGAUAAAUAAAGCAAUUAUUACACCAAUAUUCCACGACCGCCACAAACAUGAACAAUAGAAAUUCAUCCACACUUGUGCAAACCUCACUAAUUCGCCACAAUCAAUGCUUAAUGAUUUGAACAUUCGUCUAGUAGUGUGUCGCGCGUCAACAACAUCGCUAGCAUACAAAAUGCUGUCCAAAACUAUCGUUUUAGUGCUUGUCCUCGCCAAUCUUUGCAAUGCAGGGCCGCCUAAAGUCAUUCGUCCUUGCCGCUUGGAGAAUACGGAGUGCAUCGUGUCUAACUUGCGUGCGAACUCCCACUGCCGCCCUCCGGCCGGCGGUGUGCCUCCGCGCUACACCCGCCCGCGGUUCCGCUUCGAGGCGCCCUACUUCAACUCCACCUACAUCGACGAAAACCUCAACAUCAGGAAUCACGACAAGUGCGCGGUCUCCGAAUUCUUCUACAACCCGUUGACCGACACCGCAGUACUAGCUCUCGACUGUCUGCAUCUGAACCUGCAAUCCACGAGGACGCUCAUCCAACACGCCUCUUACCGAGAGGACUCCUUUUACAGCUAUAACAUCAAUGGCACUUAUCCUCUGAUCAGGUUGACGACCACACUGCACGCCGCCAGCGCAAUGGACUUGUGCAAUGCAUUUACUUUCGCUGAUGUCACACAGCUGCCUGUCUUUCAUGUAGAUCCAAAAGAUCGUCCAACGGCGAAGUUCCUGACUAAAGACUUGACCAAGCUGAACAUCUACGAGAUCGAGACGUUCCGGUACAGGGCCAACUCGCUGGCUCGCUUCUUUAUCAACCGAGCGCUGUGCGACUUCGGAUGCGACGAGUGAUGUCGACGAACCACGGCAUGAAGUUAGUCACGAGCCUUGCGUAUGUCACAGAAAAGGUGACUGAUGACUAACUUUAGAACUAUAAAGUAUAUUGUAUAAUUUGAAAAAGAACAAUUUGUUUGAUUUAUUGUAAUACAUUGAUCACUUGGGUGAUUUGUAAUUUCCUACAAAUAUAUUAUUUUUCAUAGA